AUGCUUGAACAUGAGAAUGACGUUGCUGCGUCUGCGCCAGCACCUGCGCCCCGCAAAAGAGGCCGGCCACGCACGUUGACGGACGAACAACAGAUACCAGAAAGACGACGAAAGCAGCUUCGCGUCGCCCAACAGGCAUAUCGGAAAAGAAAGGAGACUACGAUUAACAACCUCCAGUCUCGUGUUGGUGAACUCGAAUCGGGCGUGGAGGAGCUCAGCCGGUCAUUCCUUGCCUUCAGCAAUUUGCUUUUUGAGGCCCAGGUCCUCCAAGGCAAUCCACAUAUCACAGCCGCCCUUCAGGAGAUCACCAAACUAUGCGUCUCGCUAGCAAAGGAUGACCAGGAUGCGCCCGAAUCGACCACCUCGGUUGACCUCGCAGAAACAGCCUCAACGUCGCCAUUGCAGGAACUCAAAGAGAUCUCGCAGAUAACACACGCACCCUAUGAUCCCUCGCUCACCCAGGACAAUGUAGUAAUGGUCAAUAAUAUCUAUCCCCCUUCCGGGAUACAUGGUGGAUGGUCGAUAUUUCAAACUUUGCCUCCAACGCCGCCUUGCCCAGAUCAGACAGGGUUGCCCUUCGGGCUAGUUCUGUCGUCACCCAAUCCACCCCCGCAGAUAUCCCCCCCUGUCUCGUCUGGGGAUUAUCCAACGAAUGUGGUAGCCAACACCCUGCCCGAUCGAGCUUCCUGGACACUGGCGCACCGUCUGGUCCGACAAUGCUGUGAAAAUGGCUACCGACUUCUGACAAGGGCGGCUGGAGAUGAACCGCGCGUCCAAGCAGUCUUUGGGAAACGUCUAACCAAUUCGGAGCGUAAUCGUUUGAUUUCGGAGUUCUUCGCCAUCAUACAGGAUGAGUUCGGCGAACAGGUCGAGUUGAAGACACGAGUGUUCAGCGUGGAUCAUCGACGGCGCAACCCCUGCCCGGCUGAACUGCAAGCCACCUCGUCUGACAUGUGGCAGAAAGUUCAAGAUAAAGGCCUUGAGGGAUGGCUUGAUGCCAACGAGGUCCAAAAACUACUGCAAGAUAGGGGACUUCGCCUUCAUGAUACCAAUUCGCCUCCUUCAACGAUGCCGUCUCAUGACUCUCAAUGGUUAUGUGCGCCCCAGCUCAAUAUCACAAAUUUCGUUGAACGUAAGUCAACCCUGCUUGUACAGGAACCGCAUUGA